GGAUUCAUUUUCAUACAGUUAGCGAUGGAUCUUCUUGUCCAGAUAUGUCUCCUGUUCUAUCUCCUAUCAUCUUUUGUUGUUGCAGAGGCCACUUUGGAUCUGAUGUAUAACACGAGUGUGGCGUGUCCUGGAGAGACAGUUCUGUUCACAUGCUUCAUACCUGGUGGUGUUGCAUUGCAAUGGAGAGUAGAUCCUCCAGCAGAGUCUAUGUUGAUGUCAAAAGUACAAACGAAUCCAUUCGAUAUAUUCUCACAAGUUGGUCGAAGGGACACAUUUGGAUCUGGAGUGAUCAUGUUUGAGGCUGUUUUUGUGACCAAUGAUGAUGGAAAUCUGACGUCCACUCUCAUCGACCUCAGUGAAGUGUCUGUACUGGAUGGUAGCAAUGUCACUUGUACUGCUACUAUUAAUAAUGGUGUUGUAAUAGAGUCACAACAGACUGUCACAGUUGCUGGUGCCCCAACUUCUCCACUCAACCCAAUAAUUUCCUCCAUUCAAAAUCAAACUCUCUCUUCCAUUAUCACUCUGGACUGGGACUCCCCCUCCUCUACUGGCGGUGUGUCUGUCAGCUAUGCCCUCACCAUCUCCCCAACACCUCUCUCCGAGUCACCAGUCACCGUGGAGACCACCUCGGCACAGAUAACCAUCUCCUACGACACUCACUACACUGUGACCAUCAAAACUGUCAACUGUGCUGGCAAUAGCAGUGCUGUAAUGGUGGUGAUUCCUGCUAUUGUUACCUGCCCCUCUAAUCCACCACCUGCGGAUCGAGUGAUCAUCAAUGGUCGUCCACCACUGCCUGUACUAAUAGGAUCAAUACUAAGCUUCACUUGCAAUAGACAGACAGUAACUGCAACUUGUGAGAGUGAUGGACGAUGGUCAUCUGACCCCACCACUUACAUGUGUCUCUCAGUUGCCACCUGUGGUUCUCCUGCUGCACCAUCUAGAGGUAGUGUGGACAUCAGUGGUGGGACACCACCCUUCUCACUGGGUUCAGAGGUCACCUUCCACUGUGAUGAGGGACUGUUCCCCCCUAAUGUGAGGACCAGCACAUGCACUGUGGUGGGGGGUAGGGGAGAGUGGGUGGAGAAUCCUAGGAGCUUGGUGUGCAGGGAGAGGCCAGGUGAAAUGUAGCUGUUUAGAAGCUUGAUUUUUCUGUCAAAAAAAUUGUUUAUGUGACUGCAUGUGUACAAUUGUAUCGCCUUUGUUUCACAUUUCUUAGUAUUCUGCAAUAGCAGGUCAUUAAUGGGUGCUCAUGUUGAGCUGAUGAGAUACAAAGAUGUACCGUAUAUCUUCUAAUUUAUCGGACACUUCUAAUUACCCGGACACUCUUUUGGGCAAUUUUCGUUGUUCUAAUACAACGGACACUCGAGUACUUUAAUAUUACAUUUGUUCUAAAUAUCCGGACAAUACCUUGAAAAGUUGAGUUACCAUUCAUAGACGGCAAGUAAGACUUAGAGUGCUGCAGUUAGAUAGCCUUUGAGUAGCUAGUUUUAGAUAGUUAGUGCAACUAUUCAGUCGUACCUUGUUCUAUUAAACUUAGCUAGCUCGCAUGCAGCUGCUUGCUUGUUCUAAUUAUUCCGGACACUUCGCAUGCUCUAUAAAAGUCUGUUCCAAUUAUACCCGGACAAUUUCCAAAAUAAUUAUUUUUUGCUGUCCGAUAAAUUAGAAGAUAUACGGUAUACUCACAGUUAUUUUCUGACCGUCCCUAUAUAUAGUCAACUGCACUGUACCUGCUGAGCCGUGCAACGGUGCUAUAUUGGACUAUGAGAGGUUGAAUGAGACAGUGUUGGAGGGAACAGUGUUGACUUACCAGUGUGACAAUGGAUUCUCACUGACUAGACCCAACACCAUCACUUGUACUAAUGCUAGAGUCUGGAGCACUGAGCCUGAGGCAAUCAUGUGUGUAGUUUCUACUGUCGCUCCCUUGUUCUCCACUUCUGCAACUGUCGCUAUCAGUGUGGUCAUCACUUUCAUUGUCACUCUAGUCAUUGGAUUCCUCACUGGACUGCUAGUGAUGUAUCUUUUCUUUCGUAAGAAAGCAAUGUACUUCCCAGCAACUGAAGGACAAGCUAACGUAGGACCCACUGCACCAGCUGGUCCUGCUUAUGAGGAGGUGUCACCCAAAGAAGAGAUUGAACUCAACACAAACCAGGCGUAUGGACCAUUAGGACUGUGAAACUUGUUCACUCUUUAUGAAUAGCAUUCAACAAGUUACAUUGCAAUAAU